AUUUAUGUGGUGGUGCACUAAAAACAUAUAAAUUGAUUACCCUACGCAACUACGAGUUUUAGUAAAAUUCAAAUUAUUCAAAGAGAAACAACUUGGCGCAAAUUAUUUUGAUUCUUACAGAGUUUAGAAUACAAAAGAAAAAUAAGACGAAUCAAUUAAAUUUGAUUGAUCAAGAGAAUUUAGUUCUAUAAUUAAAAAAAGUUUAUUGUGAAAAUGCCACCAAACGCCACAAAUGACGUAACUGGUGUGCUAAAUGAAGAUGACGCUGAAACUUUCGAUGGAGGGUUGUCAAAAGAUAUAACACCACUGAAGAAAGCUGAAAAUAGAAAAUUGAAAUUAGUUUGGAGAAAUAUUAUUCUUUUCGGAUAUCUUCAUUUAGCUGCUUUAUAUGGUGCCUGGCUUUGUUUAUCAUCUGCUAAGUGGCUUACAGUAUUUUUUGCAAUUUUUCUCUACGUUAUAUCGGCCUUAGGGAUAACAGCUGGAGCACACAGGCUAUGGGCACAUCGCAGUUACAAAGCAAAGUUACCAUUGAAAAUUUUACUAGCUCUGUUUAAUACAAUUGCUUUUCAAGAUUGUGCAAUGCAUUGGGCAAGGGAUCACAGAGUGCAUCAUAAAUACUCAGAAACAGAUGCUGAUCCUCACAAUGCAACACGGGGUUUUUUCUUUUCUCAUGUUGGUUGGUUACUUUGCCGAAAGCAUCCGGAUGUCAUAGAAAAAGGGAAAAAACUAGAUAUAUCUGAUUUGGAAGCAGACCCAGUUUUACAUUAUCAAAAAAAGUACUACAUGGUAUUGAUGCCUAUCUGUUGCUUCAUUUUACCAACUAUAAUACCAAUGUAUGUUUGGGGAGAAACUUUCAAAAAUGCUUGGUUUGUUUGCGCCAUGUUCAGAUACACAUUCGUCUUAAAUGUUACAUGGUUGGUCAAUAGUGCCGCUCAUAAAUGGGGUGACAAACCUUAUGAUAAAGCUAUUAACCCUUCACAAAAUCCUAGUGUUGCUAUUUUUGCUUUUGGUGAAGGAUGGCACAACUAUCAUCAUGUUUUUCCCUGGGAUUAUAAGACUGCAGAGUUGGGAGGGUAUCAUUUUAAUUUUUCAACUGCGUUCAUCGAUUUUUUCGCUAAAAUUGGCUGGGCCUAUGACUUAAAGUCAGUUUCCGAUGAAAUAAUCGAAAAGCGAGUGCGGCGAACAGGAGACGGAUCUCACCACUUAUGGGGCUGGGGAGACAAGGAUCAAGAUGCGAGUGAAAAAAGAGAUGCAAAAAUAACUCAUCUUAAACAUAUAUAAAUACAUAAAUUAGUUUAAUUUACUUUAAAAAAGGAACAAAAUAUUUGUUUCACACACAUUCACUUACUAUUAGAUAAUGGUUUAAAAUUUAAAAUAUUUUAUAUAAAUAUUUAAAUAACAUUAAAACUUAUACAUAUAUUUAUAGUUUGUACGACAAGUAUAUCUAUAGAUAGGGGAAGAUGGAAUGAAUUCGGGGCACCCUUCAAAAAUCCCUUAUCUCAAUAUUCCGGCAUUAAAAUCGAAAUUUGCCAAAUAUGCAGAAAACGGCAUUUUAAAGCUGGAGAAAAUUAAUUAAGUAAAUUAAAGUUAAGAUUCCAAGCUACAAAAAAUCAUCCCUUUUUUUGUAGAUCUUCAGAAUUUCUAUGCAGUCACAUUUUUCUACUUGAAUUUAACCAUCUUCUCCAACAUGUGAUUAAAAAGCAAAAAUGCAAUUAAACUUUUGCUAUGAAAUAUUUAUUUUAUUUUUUUACCAUUUUUUUUUUUUUUUGCUGAAAUAUAUUUUUAUCAAGCUCUAGACCUUUAAAGGCUCCAAAACAACUGGUUUUGAUUUUUUUUUUUUGAUGAAGAAAAAUGUGACAAAAAAUUUUAAUUUUUAUUUGUAGAAAAUGUUUUUGCUAAUCAUACUUGUCAUUGUUCUACGCAAUGUGAUUGUCGAUGUUAAACAUUGUAGUGAUAUAAAAAUAAGAAAAAACAUAUGACUUUUUUAAGGGAUUAUUAAUUGAGUAUUUGGUUAAUUUUAAUAUCAAUAAGUACUCAUUACAAUACACAAUAAAAUUUAAAAUAAAACUCAGCAACAACUCGUAUAAAGUAAUCAAGAUAUAAAAUGAUGAAAAUCUUAAAUAGAUAUCUACUUAAUUUAGGCCGAUAUAUUUAUUCAAACAAAAAAGUUGUGUCAUUCAUUGUGGUUCCUUCAUUAGAAUUGGAACUUCCGUUAGAAUUUUUCAAGUUCUCGAGAGGAAUGAAUGUAAAAAAUAAAAAAGAGCACAAAACUUAUAUUGCUUUAUUGAUUUAAAUUAAUAUAAAAUUCGUUUAAAUAAAUAACAUGUGUAAAUAUCAACUAAUAAUAGA